CUUCGCUGCAGCAAUUGAAAGUUGCCAUUCAGCUUCAACUUGAACAACAUAGCUUCAUAAUCUUGCAUUAUUUCGCCCCAACAUUUUGCACAGUAAUUAUUCAAGAGGUCGAGUCAAUUCAACCUGCAAAUUGUGCGUCAACAUGCCGCCCAAGAAGAAGGGUGGGCGGGCGAGCACCCAGGGCGCGACGCCAGCGCGAGACGAUGAUGCCAUGGAUGUCGACACGCCGGCGCAGACACCAACAGCCCCGGCGGCACCCCAACCUCCAAAACCAGUUACCGACCCAUGGACAGACGACCAGAUUGCAUCGCUAUUCAAAGGCGUCAUCAGGUGGAAACCAGCGGGCAUGCACAAGCACUUCCGAAUACUGGCUAUCAGCGAGCACCUGAGAAACCACGGCUUUGACCCCGACACGUGGCCACACACACGGGUUCCCGGCAUAUGGGCUAAGCUGGGCGAGUUCUACAACCUCGAGGCCAUCGACGAGCGGGAAAAUAACAUGGAUCCGCCGGACGAGGAAGGCCAACCGAGGCGGUACAACGACUUCAGCCUUCCAUUUUAUGAGUACGGUGAAUUGAUACUAGAGAGGGUGCGUGCGGACCCGAGCGAAGCGCCAACCAGCCCGGCGCAGUGGGACCCGGAUGCGCCAGCCGGCGAUCCCAAGAAGCGGAAACGGGGCGCUGCCGCCGAAUCGAGCUCGAGAGCCCGUAGUAGUACUGUCGAGGACACUGAGAACGAAACACCGGCGGCGAGCCCGACGAGAAAGCCGGGGAGAGGAGGGAGGACUGCGAAGCGGACAUCCAGCAGAGCGCGUAAAGUCAAGGAAGAGUCUUCGUCCGAGGCGGAGAGCGCUGAAGAGGAGGAAUCAGAAGAAGAGGAAGAGGAGGAGGAGACGGGUACACCGGUAUCUACGAAGGGUGGACGGGGAGGAGCAAGAGGACGUGGUGCGGGUAGAGGAAGGGUUAGAAAAAAGCGUAAUGUUUUCGAUUACAUGUACCGCUCAUUCCUUGUUGCACCUGUCUGGAGCGAGAUUGACCACAACUUCAGCAAGGCGCACCGCAUUGUUACGACAAGUAUUCUGCCCCUCGUCGAGCAGUAUGGCGAGCAUUCGCGCUCAGUAUGGGAGGCUACAAAGUUUUGGAAACAAUUCUUCGAAGCCUCCGCCAAUGUUUCGCUAUCGGGAUACGAAGAUCUGGCCGCGGCCGAUGAGAAUAGCGCAUUAACUGGCGACGAAAGUACGAUCCACAAUCAGACCGCCGACUACACACCAAGCCGCCGCAGCGCCGGUGAUCACGAUGUCUCUAUCGCCACGGACCAGUCGUCCGCUAUGUACCACGGCGAUGACACCCAUCAGGAGGAGUCAACCCUCGGUGGCGACGACGACGACGACUUGACGGGUAGUACCCCACGCCCGCCCGCAACCAAGACCCUCUCCGCCCGCCCGCAAUUUGCCCUCUCCCCCUACGAAACCGUCAAGCGCGAAUACGACAACCAGGGUGGCGGGGGCCGGGGUGGCGGCGGUAGCACAACACCGGCCGAACCGCCUCCGGGGGGAGAGGAAGAAGAGGAUACGGAGCUGCUGUUCCAGCAGCAUACCGCGCGGCUUCCCGCCAAGUUCUCGCUCCCGCACUACGACGAAGAGGACGACGACUUUGACAUUCGCGGCGGCAGGGGCAACAGCAAUAGUAGCAAAGACCCAUUGCUGCAUCGCAUGCUCGAUAAAAACUACCGCAUCGCGGCUACACCGCACAAGGGCGGUGGCGGCACGGGCGUCUCGCCGAUCAAGUGGAAAGUAGACAAACUCGCGACCACACCCGCCGGGAAGGGCAAAGACGCACACCAGCAGGGGCGGCCUAUCUGGGAGGACUCACCAACGUCGAGCCCAGAGAUGGCGGUGCCGCAGCUCCGCAGCGCGGCGUUCAUGUCGCCAGCGCGCGCAGCCUACAAGGCGAAGGGGAAGGGGAAGGCGGCAGCGCCAGCGGCCACAGGGCCGAGGACCCCCGGCGUGAGCGUUCAGACGCCGGCUACCGGGCGCAAGACUAAGGAUGUGUUUGCCACUGCUGGGAAGCAGGGGGCUGCUUCGUCAAAGUACGAUGACGAGAUUACGUGGGACAGCGACAGCGACGGGUUUGGCGGGAUGAGCCCGCCCAAGACGAUACAGUUUGCGAUGCCACCGUCGAAGUUAUUGCAGACACCGGCCCGCGAGGCGAGCAAGCGCAUCGUGGACAACAUCCUGCUAACGGCGGGCGAGGAUCUUGAGGACCCGUCCGAGUACAGCCCGACGGUGGUCAAGAUGAACCAGGAUAUCUUGGACGAUACCUUCUAAUCAAAGGAAAGCACGAGAAGAUGUCAUCUAAAUUAUGAAUAACUGCCAAUAGACAAUAAUACCCUUUCUCAGAGU